AAUUUUGUUUCGUAAAAUAUCGGAGAAAACGUGUAAUGGAAUGAAGAUUGCGCAAAAGAUUACGCGCAGGAAUGCACAGUGCGUUGCGCAAAAAUAAACGACCUCAGCAUAUAAUUUAGAGAAUAAAUAAUGUCCAAUCAUUAAUACAGUAUUUCCACCUGUAAUUUGCUACUACUAUCAUUCACUUUGUCACUGAUCGGAGAAGGUAUUGAUACACCGGUUUGCGCGUCGCGUGAUUCUGACGUGCCAUGCCCAUUGUAGAUUGACAACCCAGAGCAGACAGGCAUCGGCAAACUGCAAGUGUGGGUGGCUGGGACAGCAACUAGUCGGGUCAUUUCAUCCCAGUGGAUUACACCGGCAAAAUGAGCUCGAGUAAACCGAAAAACAAAAGCGAGAAUAAAACAGAGAAGCAAUUGGCUGCGGAGAAAGAACAGUUUGGAAAACUACAGCUCCACAGCAUCAGUAAAAGCAUCACCUCCAGUGAGACACCGCUGAAGGAGAAAUAUGCACGCAGUAUCAUCAUGGGGACCCAUAAGGAGGGCGGAGCCACAACGUUCUGGUCGUUCAUCAUCAACCUGCCGCUCUCCUCCAACGCCAUCAUCAGCUGGAAGUUCUGCUACAUGCUGCACAAAGUCCUCCGGGACGGGCACCAUAACGCUGUGAGAGACUCUCAUAGAUACAGCAGGAACGUCAAAGACAUGGGCGUACUCUGGGGGAACUUGCAUGAUAGGUACGGCCAUAUUGUGUCCCUUUCGGCCAAGUUCCUGUCCCUCAAAAUGGAGUUCCAUGUGAAGCACAAGGUUAUUCCAGGUAACCUGGAGGCCACAGACGAGACGGUGGAGAGAGAGGCAGGAACUGACGUCAACAAAAUAUUUGAUAUGACUCAUGAGCUGUUAGAUUACCUGGACGCUGCUCUGAAAAUGUCCGAGACAGUUUGGCGGCAGCUGGAUGCCAACGCGGGCAAGUCCACCACUCCGGCCGGACAGUGUCGCCUGGGACCUCUAAUUCCUGUUAUACUGGACUGCAGCUGGCUCUACCACUUCUCUGUCAAACUACUGUUCAAACUGCACAGCUGUGUUUCAGCUGACUCUCUUCUCGGACACCGGGAGAGAUUCCGUGAUCUGUUCAACAGCCUCACAAAGUUAUUUGAUCGAGCCAGAGAGACGGAGUUCUUCAAAAAGAUCAUUCAGAUCCCUGACCUGCCAGAUUCUCCUCCGAACUUCCUGCGUGCCUCUGCACUGGCGGAGUACGUGCGGCCGGUGGUGGUGAUGCCCAAUGAGGAGCCUUAUGAAGAAGUCGAUGCGGCGCCACAGCCAGACUACAGCCAAGCACCACAGCAACCGUACAACAUGUUAAGCCAGCUGGGAGCUCCUGAUGCUGGAUUUGAUCAAAGAAGAUCUCCGUCUCCAGCUCUGACGGAGGCAGAGGCUCUGAGGAAGGAGCUGGAGGUCAUCAAGCCAGAGCUGCAGCUCCUCAAAACGGAGGCUCAGAGGUGUGUGACCCAGCUGAAGUCUCAGGUGAACAGGCUGGAAGCAGAGCUGGAGGACCAGAGGACCCAUAAGCAGAUGGCUCUGGUGGACAAUGAACACCUGCGCAUGGAGGUAGGGGCCUUACGACAGGCCACCGCCGCCCUACCAGGGGUACAGGCUGGAUACCAGGAGGCUGAUGGUCGAGCCCAGGCAGCUGAGCUGCGUUUUUCUCAGCUCAAAGAGCGACACGCUGAACUGGUCACCAGCCACGCUGAUCUACUGAAGAAGAAUGCAGAGACAGUCCGGUUCUUGUCCAGCACCCAGCAGAACCAGGAGGAAUUGGCCACGGCCAAACAGCAGCUGGCCAGCGAGGUGGACCACCUUCGACAGGAGAAUAGUCUCAAGCUGGAGCAGCAGAAGCAGGAGAUGGAUCGGCUGAAAAGAGAGCUGUUGUACCAGAGAGCAGCGUUGGGUGAAGUCCACAGUGUCCUGGACAACAAAGAGAUGGCUGGUUCCCAAAUGACUGGUGCUCUGCAGGGUCUCCAGCGAGAGAGGGAGGAACUGAUGCGCUGUUUGAGGGAGAAAGAGGGUGAAGUGUCUUCCCUACAGCAGCAGGCUCAGCUCCAUCACGGCUCCAUGGAGCAGGACAGGGACAGAUCAGCCAGAGAGAUGGCCAGCCUGAGGCAACAGCUACAGCAACAGCUGGCUAUAAACGCGGAGCAGAGAGUGGAGAUUGAUAGACUGAAGCGAGAGCUGGAGCAGAGUCGAGCAGAGGUGUCACGUGCUAACAAUGCCCUGCAGAACAAGGAGAUGACUGGUUCUCAGAUGAACAGUGCCCUGAUGGGUCUCCAGACCGAGAGAGAGGGGCUGCUGCGCUCUGUGUGGGAGAAAGAUGUUGAGCUGACCUCUUUAAGGCAGCAGGCGCAGCUCCAACGCAGCUCUCUGGAGCAGGACAACGACAGGACAUCCAGAGAGAUGGCCAGUCUGAGGCAACAACUACAGCAACAGGCAUCUCGUGAGGGUGAGCUGACCAGGAAGCUGCAAGAGGAACAGUUCUGUCUGCUCCAGUGUGCCGUGGUGGAGGCUGAAGGCAUCAUACUGGACGCUGUGUCCAAACUGGACGACCCCAUACACGUACGCUGCACCUGCUCUCCAGAUUACCUGGUGAACCGAGCUGAGAUCACCCUGGGUUCUUUGGACAAGAUGCAGCAGAGUCACAUGGUCUACCUUGGAAAUAUGGACGAUGCCAGUGGUCUUCUGAGGGCUGUGACGCAGUUCUCCCAUCUGGCUUCUGACACCAUCGUCAACGGAGGAGCUACAGCACACAGUGCUCCUACUGACCAGGCCGACCGUCUGACUGACAGUUGUAGAGAAGCUUCCACCCACUGUCUGCAGUUCCUACACGAGCUGAAGUCCAGAGCCACGUUACAGAGAGCCGACCCUACUACGAUACGCUAUGUAAUGCGACGCAUACUCACUAUGGGACAGGAUCUGCGUCUUCAAGGGCAGGAUGUUCUAAAAGAGGAGCUGGGGGAAAUGGUGGAUAAAGAGAUGACUGCUACCUCUACUGCAAUAGAGGAGGCUGUACUCCGCAUGGACGCGAUCCUGAACCAGGCCAGGAGAGACACGUCUGGGGUCAAAUUGGAGGUCAACCAGAGCAUCCUUGGCUCCUGUUCAGACCUAAUGAAGGCCAUCCACAUGCUGGUGACCGCUGCCACUGACCUGCAGAAAGAUAUUGUGGAAAGCGGCAGAGGGGCAGCAUCAGUGAAGGAGUUCUAUGCUAAGAACUCCUGUUGGACUGAAGGCCUCAUCUCUGCCUCCAAGUCAGUGGGCUGGGGCGCCACUCAGAUGCUAGACUCGGCUGACAAGGUGGUAACUAGCGGGGGUAAAUACGAGGAGCUCAUUGUCUGUUCUCAUGAGAUCGCUGCUAGUACCGCCCAGCUGGUCGCUGCCUCCAAGGUGAAGGCGGACCGCAACAGCAAGAAGCUGUCGACGCUGCAGCAGGCCUCGAGACACGUCAACGACAUGGCUGCCAUAGUGGUGACCUCCACCAAUCACGGACAGAGGCAGAUCACUGAGAGAGAACCCAUGGACUUCUCAGGCAUCUCCCUGAUCAAAGUGAAGACUCAAGAGAUUGAGUCUCAGGUGAAGGUGUUGGAGCUAGAGAAUCAGCUGGAACAGGAGAGAGUUCGUCUGGGAGAGCUGAGGAAGAAACACUACCAGCUGUCUGGGACUGGUACAGCCCACGGGGGGGAGGUGGAGGUGGAGGGGGAGGGACGACGGGGAGACAGCUUCCCACCCCCUCCCCCUCCAACCCUCUUACCAGCCUCCACCCUGCUGCCCCAGCCCUACCUAAACACACAGCCCUUCUCACAGACACAACCCGACUCACAACUAUCAGUUCAGUCCUACUCACACACUCAACCCUAUUCACAAACAAAGCCUUACUCUGAACCUGAAUCCUACUCACAGCCUGCAACGCAAUCCUACUCACCACCCCAAUCCUACUCAUCAUCUCAAACCCAAUCUUACUUACCACCUCAAUCCUACUCAUCAUCCCAAACCCAAUCUUACUUACCACCUCAAUCGUAUUCUCAAACCCAAUCCUACUCACCUCCCCAAACAUACUCUCAAAGCCAGCCGUAUGUAAACACCAAUCCCUUCUCCCAACCCCCGCCUCUGUCCCCACCUCUGUCCCAGCCCGAGUCCCUUCCCCUUCCAAAUAACUCAGCAGAACUCGCCAAGCCAACCCACACUUCAAAGAAACCUUCCAUCUUCCAGAAAACAGGAACCCUGUUUAGUAAGUUCCGAAGAGGUGAGGCUGGAACAGAGGAAUCCAGAAUCCGGAAUGUUAGAAUCCCAAAUCCAGAAUGAGAAGAUUCUACCUGUCUGCAUACCUGCAUACCUUGUCAUGUGAACUACUGUAUAUGCAGUUUACUCAGUUUACUCCGGUGCAGUGAUUGAAGAACAACCCUUUUAAAGAUAGCAACUUUAUUGUAGUAUUUAAUAUUUCUUAAUGUCUUGAUACACUAUUUGAUUACAACAACAACAAGACAAUAACCCCAGGCCCACAUCAAAAUCCACAAAGAAAUGGUGAAUUGAGCACAAAAUCAAUAUUUUCAAUGGCCAUCUCAGUCUCCGGACUUGAACCCCAUUGAAAACCUGUGGUUUGAAUUGAAGAGGCCAAUCCAUAAGUGCAGAUGAAGGACAUCAAGGAUCUGGAAAGAUUAUGUAUGGAGGAAUGGUCUAAGAUCCCUCCCACUGUGUUCUCCAAUGUCCAUAAAACAUUUUAGAAAAAGCUUCAGUGUUAUCAUCACAAGGCGAGCAUGGGCAUCAAUUGGGUAUGACAGGGUAAUAUCCUUUGAUUAUGUAGUGCUUACUUUAGAAUGUUGUAGAAUACUAUAGUAAAUACUACAGUAUUAUGCGCAAAUAAACACUGUAGUAAAUACUACAGUAAUUACGCAAAAACACUACAGUUUUUUAACUAUAGUAAUGCUGAAGUAUUUAAUUUGCAUAUACUACAUCCAUUCUCAUCCCCCAUAUCUUAAUUUGUGCCACCCAGGAGUGAGAAACCUACAUACCAAGUAUAGACCAUAUUGUGCUCCCCACAGGUCAUAGAAAAAGCAGAAGCACUGAACUACCCAUUCACACUCCAGUCCUACCUGCCUACAGGUUAUGGGAAAUUUGCUCUUUUACUAUUUGUCCAGUAGAUUGUCAAAUAUAAUUCAACAAAAACACUAUAGUAAUACAGUAAUAUCUGCAAACAUUAACUACAGUAAUCGCUGUAGUAAAUACUACACUUUAUAUAGUAUAUUAUAGUCUCUUUUCAUAUGGGCUGCAGGAAGAGAGGGGCAUGCCACCAGUACUUUAGGGCCUCAAACUUCUCCACCAAUGCAACAGUAACAGUGCCCAUGUGCAUAUCUUAUAGACUAUGAUGAGUUCUAGAAAUUAUAUCUAAUCUGAAUUUUUACAGUAAAAACCUACAGUAUGUGGACACUUGGUAUUCCAGUUUACAGAGCAAAUAAUAUCUACACACUAAGUAUAUGAAGUACUGUACUUCAACAAAUGAUAUUGCCUCAAGUCACACAUUCUCAUGCAGUGUUCAAGUAUGCACUAAUAUCAAAUGUAGUGGUGAGCUAUAUCUUCACAAACUGAUUUAUGACCAAAUCAACUAAACUAUCCCUCAAUGGAAACAUUAAAACUGGAAAAGCUCAUUGCAUUUAUUCUAUUUCAUUUAAAAGAGUUUCAUCAACCCAGGUCAUUCUGUCUUUCCACUUACCUGAGUAUGUUGUUUUUAGGUGUAAGGAAACUCAACUAGACCAGAGACUUUGUGCAACUGAGCUGACUGCUUUGAGCUUCAAGGGGAAAGUAACACUUUGUUCCAGCGUGCAGCCAUGUCAUAACCCCUCCCAUUGCACCUUGGUGUUUGUUCCCCUCUCUCCUCUUUUUUCUCAUUCCCCUCCUCUCUAAUUCCUCCUCCUCCUCUUUCUCCUCCUUCUCUGAACUAACUGACUCAAUUAAAGAAAACAAGCGUUGUUAACCUCAUUUUCUGUAUGUUUGUCUGUCUGUAUUUUAUAGUUGUAGGCCUUAUAGCCUAAUUGAAUUGUAUGUUUACAUAUAAAACCAAUGUAUGGAUUUGAUUGACUAUUACAGAUGUAGGAUCUUAAUUUGAUCCAGUUUGCUACAGCAGGAAAAUAAUGUUGCAGCAACAGGAAAUAUAAAUUGUUAUGUGGAUUUUAAUUAAUGGACAUUUUUGUAGGGGUAGGUAAAUUUUUCGUAUGGGAAAAUCAAGUCGGACAUUUUUAAGUGGAAAUUACAAACGUCAGAAGCCUUUUUAAAUCUCAAAUAUACUAAAUGUUUUACAUGUCGUGUAUUGCAGGAAAUGUGUCCUGCAACAGGGUGAUCAAAUUAAAAUCCUACAUCUGUAUGGCUUUGGUUU